AUGGCCCGCAACUCCAGCAGACUGCCCCGGGUGACUUUUCAGACUCCGGAGAAACCUGGGGAGGAAUCAUCACACAGGAAACUGGGCAAGCUAACCAUAAAGUACAACCGCAAGGACCUACAGCGCUGGCUAGACUUGGAGGAAUGGGUUGAUGCCCAGCUGCAGGAGCUGUACCAGUACCCGCUGAGAGAGAAAACGGAGGCACAAGUUCAUGGACCUGAAAUUGAUCUUGAAGAUCUCCUGGAGGUCCCUAAUGAAGAACAGAAACUAAAACUACAGGAAAUCCUCCAUGAAUGCUCUAGCCCAACAGAGGACUUCAUUACGGAAUUGCUCAGUCGACUGAAAGGUCUACGGAGAAUCACGAGUCCUCAGAAGAAAUUACCUCACCCAUAA